AUGGCUGAAACUUCCUCAAUCCAGCAGCCCCAGGGCAAUAAGAAGAGAAAAUCCUCGACAACGACCGAACCCACCGAACCGAAAAAGAGCAAAGCGGUCCCCAGCGGCCCUACGACCCCUCUACCUACGCACGAUGCCCUCCUCGCCGAGCUCAGGUCCAAAUACGACAUCCUACCCGCCUUCACCAUUUCCUCGACGAAGAUCCAGAAGCGUGUGAACUGGCUCCUGCGACACCUACGCAAGGACGACGGCGACCCGAGGAAGCGCGCCGUGCUCCUCUACGCGCGGCCGAGCGAGGCUGUCAAGAUGAUCACCAUCGUGGAGCUUGUGAAGCGUAUCGUCGCCGAAGAGGACAAGAGCGGACGGUGGUACCAGUACAACCAGAUGUACGAGCUCCCGCCGAAAGCCGAGGUCGUGGAGGAAACCAUGCUGGGCGCCGGCCUCGGCGAGGAUGAGGCCGCAGGGGGCUCGGACGACGACGAUUUCGAGGUAAUGGAGAGCCGGUUCGAGAGAGCGGUUCUGCCUCAGCCGGUCCGCCGUGUGGCCAAGUCGCUGAGUGUCUUCCUCUCGCUCGCGCCCAUUCCAGAGUUGAAGGCCAAGGACGACGUUACCACGCAGACGAACGAGCCUCAGGGUGCUUCAACAAGCUCAGUCGCGUCGUAA